AUGACUUCCCUCUCAACCAAACUCGCGGCCCGCGAGAGCGCAGGCAAUCCAAUCCAAGUCGGCAUCAUCGGAGCAGGCAAAUUCGGUUCCAUGUUCAUCUCGCAGGCACAUCGAACUCCUGGCCUACGGUUAGCAGCAAUCGCAGACCUGUCGAAGGAUCGGGCGUUGACAGCAUUGCGCCGGACCGGCUAUCCUCAAGAUCGUUUCGAUGACACUGCGUCCGUCUCAGUUGCGGAUGGAUUGAAGGCUGGCAAGACGACCAUUACCAUGGACUCAACUGAGUUGAUUGCCGCGCCUGGGAUUGAUGUAAUACUUGAGGUUACCGGGAGCCCUGCUGCUGGAAUCAAGCAUGCUCUACUCUGCUGCGAGCACAAGAAGCAUAUCGUGAUGAUCAAUGUUGAAGCCGAUGUGUUAGCCGGUCCGCUGUUGGCUAAGAAAGCGGAAGAAGCUGGAAUUGUAUACUCAAUGGCUUACGGCGACCAGCCAGCAUUGAUGUCAGUCGUGUCAACACGCAAAGACCUGACUGUCUUCUCGGCAUGA